AAAGGGAGGAGCAGAUUAUUCCUCUGCGUAUCCCCCCUGUCGCUCUUCUCUUCUCUUUCGCAACUCCUCUCCAUUCUCUCAUCAUAUCAAGGAAGGUAGUUGUACUGUUGUAGUGUAAGAGGAGAAGCAAAACAAGAUGUUUUUUCAGAGGAAGAAUUCAAAGAAAGAUGGAUCAUCGCCGAAGAAGGACAAAAGUAGCCGUGGGAAGAACGACUUGUUGGAUCGCACCAAGGGGGGACUUGGUGCUCUUGCAGGAAGCUUCAGGUCAGCCAAGAAUGACGUGGAGGAGAGGUCCGAACAGGUUCAAGAGGAUGUGAAGGAAGGCAUUGAAACAAUCGUAGAGAGGGGCUCAGUCAUUCUUGAGAAAGCGAAAGAGGAUAUUGGAGGUCAUUCAGAAGUCAGCCGUUCAAAUGAACUAGGUCAAGGAAGUGAAGAAGAACAAGGAAAGGAGGACAUGGAUGCUUUCAAUUCGAUGCUGGACAAGGUGAAAAGUAACCCAGAUGUGAUGGAAAAGGUCCACUCAGUCCUUGACAAGGUGAAGAGUCACCCAGAAGUGCUGGAAAAAGUUGCUGACGUUCUACAUCUGGGCAAACAUGAAUCCAAAGAGAAAGAAACUGAGGCUGAGGAGAAGACCGAAGAAGGCGAGACCUCGGUCGACAAGACCAAAGAGUCAAACAUCCUAGAGCAGGCUGUGGAAGAGAUUCAGACUAUUGUCGCAGCUGCGCAGCCGCAUGAAACAGCCAGAGAUGAAACUGAGGUUCCAGCUGAGACCGCUGCUGAAACUGAAACUCCAGCAGAAGGAGACAAGCCUGAGGAAGUAAAUCGCGAGGUGGAGAAAGACAACCCCAAGAACCGAAUGGAUCUCGUUGGAUUCUUCGCCAAGCUCUUUGAGAGGUUCUGCUCCCCAGCUGACAAGAAGAAAGACUAGGCUUGUGUGGCAGGUCAGCUGCAGGAUUUAUCAAUCAUUUUAUUUUCUUCAAAACUGGAUUGUCUGGAUGGGGGCUAUGGAUGGUGUACAGUUUGCAGUUGUUUGUUCACUUCAAAGUUAUUCGAUUUUGGGUUUGACCUUGAUGAUGAUGGAUGCAAAAGAAUGUUUUAUUUUGUGUAAUUCUUAUCACAGAUGGAUUUGAUCCUAUUUGUGUGAAUCAAAGAAUGAUUAAAUUUAUUUUAAAGGCUUCAUGUAUCAAGAAGUGUAAUAACCAUUGGUUAAUAUUGCAUGAUGUUAAUGAAGGAUACACCGAAGUUCUUUUUCUUUUG